AUGGUUUCUGGUCAAAUUGAACCUGAAGAAAUGCCACCAGUUUGCAGGAAAGCAUAUGUUGAGUACUUAAAACAUGUCAUAAAACUAGGAGAAACUCUAUCGGAGGGUCUCGGGCUAAAACGAGACCACUUGAAAGCCAUGGAAUGUGCCGAUAAGCAUACAGAUAUUUCUUUCUUCACAAUCUUGCUUCAAGAUCAAAGUGGUGGCCUUCAAGUUGUGCAUUAUAACCAAUGGCUCGAUGUUGAACCGAUUAAGCAUCGUUUGGUUGUUAACAUUGCUGACUUCCUUCAAGUUUGCAACAAAACAUAUCUUUGUAGUCUCAAAUACCUUCAAUUUUGUUACUUCUCUCAGUCUGAUUUUGUAACAGAUCCUAUCAAAUGA